AUGGAGGCCCCAGUUGUGAUGGGCAUCAGUGCCCCAACUGCGAAGACGGUUUCGACGACUCCCAAUGCUAAGAAAGUAAGGCCCUUGCCUUUUGUUUCUUUUGUCUCUGGAGGCAUCGCUGGCGGAUUCGAAGGGUUUUUGACUUAUCCCAUAGAAUUCGCGAAGACCAGCGUUCAGCUGAGAAACAACUAUGGCUCCAACAACCCACUGAAGGUUGUCUGGACUGUGAUCCAGACCAGGGGCGUCCGCUCCCUCUACACGGGCUGUGGAUCGAUGGUCAUCGGCGCGACGGGCAAGGCCGGCGUGCGUUUUCUCUGCUUCGACACCAUCAAGGCCCUGCUGGCCGAUUCGAAUGGCAGAGUGUCCUUCGCCCGCGGUGUGCUGGCGGGCAUGUGUGCGGGCGUGGCUGAGUCCGUGGUCGCACUGACGCCUACGGAGAGGAUCAAAACGGCCAUGAUAGACGACUCCAAAGGAGCACGGCGGUUUCGUGGCGGCUUUCAUGCCGCGACGUCCAUGGUCCGCGAAAAGGGCUUUUCAGAGUUGUACCGUGGUUGUACGGCCACGACGUCCAAGCAGGCUGCCACCUCAGCGGUGAGGAUGGGCAGCUACAAUUUUCUGCAACAACAAGCCAAGAAGUAUCAGCUCGACAAGAGUCCCGCGGCGACUUUUGGCAUGGGUGCCGUGGCUGGCACCAUCACUGUCUACGCCACACAGCCCUUUGACACGAUCAAGACACGGACCCAAGCCGUGGCGAACACGGGCCUCGUCGAGGCAUGUCGGUCGGUCGUCCAAGACGCCGGGAUCAGGGGGUUCUGGAAAGGGAGCACAAUGCGUCUGGGGCGGCUGGUGCUCAGCGGGGGCAUCAUCUUCUCAGCCUAUGAGCAGAUCAGUGCGUUUCUGACCAAACAGGGGCUGUAA